GGCCAUUGCUAUGGCCCGUUGCCAUGGCAUGUGUAAACUGUCAUGGCACCCAUGGGAAUGUCUUUAUGCUAAUGAGUAGUGAGGGCAACUAGAGGUCACUUUCAUGGCCAUCUGCUUAUUUUGGCUGGCUUCUUCACUGCCUUCUGUUUCAACCAUAUCCUUUCAACCAGAUCAGCGGGGUCAUGACCAGGAAACAAGCCCUGCCAGCCUCCUACCUCAAAUCUAAUUAAUUAUAAUUUUUCUCCUUAUGACAACCCACACAAAAAAGACAGAGAUAAGAAAAACAAGGACUUCCUGGGAGGCUGUGGAUCAAUUACCAAUGGACACCCAGAAGCAAAUUCACAAGACUCACAAUUCAAAGAACCAAUUUUUAACAAAUUUUUUCCUGUCAGUUGAAUUUGGGCAGGAAGGAACAUGCAAAAAUUUUUACCUUCUUCUUUCAACUGGACGCUACGGACAGAAAUCCAGGAGAGCUGACCUAGGAACUGCAGACGCUGCAGAUAAAACAGAGCCAGAAUGCUUUGCUGCCAGCUGGAACUUUGACCCAAACCCCAGUGCGACAGUCUCCAGUGCUCACUCAACUGGAAUGCAUCAAUGAAGGUCACUUUCUGUCCAGA